AUGAGCAAGGCAUACUCCUCCUCGGCCCAGAGCGCCUCCUCGUACCGCCGCACCUUCGGCUCUGGUGUCGGGUCAACCCCAAUGUCCUCCUUCUACUCCUCCGGAGCCGGUGGCCGCAGCUCCUCCUCGGCCAGCAUGUCUUCCCGAGUCUAUGAGGUGAAGAGCAGCAGCCUCCCCUCCUAUUCCAGCUACAGGGUGUCCUCCGGUGCUGGUGGUGCAGGGUUCGGCGCCUCUACAGCCAUGCGCACCUACUCCGGAGAGAAGCUGGACUUCAACCUGGCCGACGCCAUGAACCAGGACUUCCUCAACACACGGACCAACGAGAAGGCCGAGCUGCAGCACCUCAACGACCGCUUCGCCAGCUACAUCGAGAAGGUGCGCUUCCUGGAGCAGCAGAACGCGGCGCUGACGGUGGAGAUCGAGAAGCUGAGGGGCCGCGAGGGGCCCGGCCGCGUGGCUGAGAUGUACGAGGAGGAGAUGAGGGAGCUGAGGAGGCAGAUAGAGGCCCACUCCAACCAGCGUGCCCGGAUGGAGGUGGAGAGAGACAACCUGGCCGACGACCUGCAGAAACUCAAGCUCAGGCUCCAGGAGGAGAUUCACCAGAAGGAGGAGGCUGAGAACAACCUCUCUGCUUUCAGAGCCGAUGUUGACAAUGCCACUCUGGCCAGGCUGGACCUGGAGAGACGCAUUGAGAGUCUGCAGGAGGAGAUCGGCUUCCUCAAGAAGAUCCACGAAGAGGAGAUCCGCGAGCUGCAGAGCCAGAUGCAGGACACUCAGGUCCAGAUCCAGAUGGACAUGUCCAAGCCCGACCUGACUGCUGCUCUGAGGGACAUCCGCAUGCAGUAUGAGGGCAUCGCCGCCAAGAACAUCGCAGAGGCUGAAGAGUGGUACAAGUCCAAGGUGUCCGAUCUGAACCAGGCUGUGAACAAGAACAAUGAUGCACUGCGUCAGGCCAAGCAGGAGAGCAUGGAGUACAGGCACCAGAUCCAGUCCUACACCUGCGAGAUCGACUCGCUCAAGGGCACUAACGAGUCUCUGCUGCGUCAGAUGAGAGACAUGGAGGACCGCAUGGGCCGCGAGGCUUCCGGUUUCCAGGACACUAUCGCGCGGCUGGAGGCAGACAUCGCCAAGAUGAAGGACGACAUGGCUCGUCACCUGAGAGAGUACCAGGACCUCCUCAACGUGAAGAUGGCCCUGGAUAUUGAAAUCGCCACCUACCGCAAGCUCCUGGAAGGAGAGGAGAGCAGGAUCACCACCACUGCGCCUGCGCAGUCGGCUUACUCCUCCAUCAGCUUCAGAGAGACCAGUCCUGAGUCCCAGCACCAGCGCUCCUCAGAGGUCCACUCCAAGAAGACUGUUCUCAUCAAGACCAUCGAGACCCGCGAUGGAGAGAUGAAGUAUUCUAUGAGCCAGGGCGCCCAGUCUGUCGUCAGCGAGUCCACACAGCACCAGCAGGACAUCAUGUAAACCGGAGGAGGCACCUCUUAGAAACUGCAGUACUUCUAUUGAAACAUAGUUCAAAAAAAUCUACAUUUUCCCUUCCACUACCACGACGCUGACCAUUUCAGCUGAAACACGAAAUCCACAAGUGAAUGCGAACGGGAGACAUCGUCAGACAGUGUACGGUACGGAGGCACAGUGCAUAGUGCCUUUAGCCUGGUUUUAAAAAUAAAGGUCAUUCCAGGAAUAAUGCUUGAUUUGUGUCAUUAUCCGAAAACGUGUCAUAUCUUACAACUCAAGUAACGAUUUCAAGUGAGCGACGCGGCUUUGUGGGCGCCGCCGCGGCCCGGUACGAGAAGCCUGCAACACCAGGGUCACACGUAACGGUCGUUUUUUUUUUUUUGUUGCACGUGUUCCAAGUCUUUCUGGUGCAAGCGUGCGAGUGUAUGACUUGUUAAAGGAUUGUCUGUGCAACUGAUCGAAAGGGAAGUGACAUGUUGGUGUCAGGUGUGAGUGACGAACAUCUGAUGAGAAAAAGGGGAACUCAGUCAUGUUUGAAGUUUGAGGCUCGACAGCAUGUGCUGGGUGUUUGUGUGAUCACGGGUGACCACGUUGUGCUGCUUCACCGUGCCGAGGAUCUUGAAUAAAGACAUUUGUUACCAAC